GUUGCAAACAGACUAUUACCUUUCUUUCUGUACUUCACUAUAAGUGCAUCUGCUCUCUACAAUCCAAACAUGGGAGGCACAUUCUCCAAAUAUGACUCUACGUCUGAACCGACCACAACCUACCGCAAUGAUGAGGAGAUGAGGAUUGUGAUGGUGGGGAAGACCGGAGCUGGGAAGAGCACCACAGGAAACACCAUUCUGGGAAAAGACUACUUCGAAUCAGAUUUCUCUCCUACUUCUUUGACAAAACACUGUACAAAGGUCUUUGGUGAACUGGAUGGACAAAAUAGUGCUGUUAUUGACACUCCAGGUCUGUUUGACACUAGAACUGAUGAAGAGAAAAUCAAGGAAGAUAUUGUCAAGAGCAUUGGUUAUGCUUCUCCUGGACCUCACAUCUUCCUGGUCAUUAUCAAACUGGGCAGAUACACAGAGGAAGAAAAGAAGACGGUAAGGGAGAUUGAGCAAAUCUUUGGAAAGGAAGCUAACAAAUACAGCAUGGUUCUCUUCACCCAUGGUGACCAGCUCAAAGGGAAACCUAUUGAGGAGUUUUUGGAGGACAGCGAAGAGCUGCAGGAACUUGUAGACAAAUGUAACGGCCAGUACCACGUCCUCAAUAAUGUGUUGAAGGAUCGUUCUCAGGUCAGGGAACUGCUCAACAAGAUCAGAAACAUAACAGAGAAGAACGGAGGAAGUCAUUACACCACUGAAAUGUUCCAGAGGGCAGAGAGGGCGAUAGAAGAGGAGAAACAAUGAAUCCUUAAAGA